UCCUGCCCCGCCGCCCCCCGCGCCCCGGGGGCAGCGCCGCCGCCGCGCCACCCGCAGCCCCCGCUUCGGACGGCCUGUGCAGAAUAUUCUUCAUUCCCGUAUUCUAACCUUGAGUUGCUCUCAGAGUCAUCGGUGCAUAUGUUAACCCAGACGAACAAAUUAUGACAUCGACAUCUAAAGGAAUUUUCCGGCCAUUUUUUAUUAUCUUCAUUGUCCUUGGUUGUUUCAUGGCAUUUAUACUGAUUUAUAUCAAACCAACAAAUAGCUGGAUCUCUGGUCCUAUAGAAUCAGCCAGCUCAGUUUUGAAAAUGAAAAGCUUCUUUUCUUCCAAAACUGAUAAUCUUAAUGAGACUACUAUUUUGAUCUGGGUUUGGCCAUUUGGUCAGACAUUCGAUCUAACAUCCUGCCAAACAAUGUUCAAUAUCCAUGGGUGCCAUCUGACUAUUGACCGCUCACUAUAUAACAGAUCCCAUGCUGUUCUCAUUCAUCACAGGGACAUUAGCUGGGAUCUGACCAAUUUACCUCAGCAAGCCAGGCCACCAUUCCAGAAGUGGAUUUGGAUGAACUUGGAGUCUCCAACUCAUACUCCACAAAAGAGUGGCAUUGAACACCUCUUUAACCUGACCCUGACUUAUCGGCGUGAUUCAGAUAUUCAGGUGCCUUAUGGCUUCAUGAUGGUCGGUACAAGUUCCUUUACAUUUGAAGUGCCAAGUAAGGAGAAUUUGGUCUGUUGGGUUGUAAGUAACUGGAACCCUGAGCAUGCUCGAGUCAAGUAUUACAAUGAGCUUAGCAAAUACAUUGAAAUCCAUACCUAUGGACAAGCCUUUGGAGACUACGUCAACGAUAAAAACUUGAUUCCAACUAUCUCCACUUGCAAAUUCUACCUUUCCUUUGAAAACUCAAUCCACAAAGAUUACAUUACUGAGAAACUUUACAAUGCUCUUCUGGCCGGAUCGGUACCAGUUGUACUGGGCCCUUCCAGAGAAAACUAUGAGAAUUACAUUCCAGCAGACUCUUUCAUACACGUCGAAGAUUUUCUCUCCCCCAGAGAGCUGGCAGAAUAUCUUCUGAUGCUUGACAAAAAUAACAAGAUGUACCUUAGUUAUUUCAAUUGGAAGAAGGAUUUCUCAGUGCAUCUUCCUAGGUUCUGGGAAUCACACGCAUGUCUCGCUUGUGAUCAUGUGAAAAGACACCAGGAAUACAAGUCCAUUGGAAAUUUAGAAAACUGGUUCUGGAAUUAAUUUGUGUGUGCGUGUGUGCACGUGUGAGUGUGUGUGCACGUGUGUGUGUGUGCAUAUGUGUGUGUGCACGCACACGCACACACACUUUUUUGAAGAAGCCAGAAGAAACUUCAGUCCAAGUGGAGAGAAAAGGAAAAGAGAAAAAAAAGGAGGAAAAAGAGAACUUUAUGUCAUGGUUUAUCAACUAUCCUCUGUUGGCUACCCUAUAUAUAUUUUGUAAGAGAUUUUAAAAGAUCAGCAGCAGCAGUCAUCAAUACUCAGUUUUAAAUUAUAAUGUACAUACUAAUUAUGUGCACUGAAGAAUAUUUGAUUGUUUACUAUAAUUUUUAAACAAGAUUUUCCACGUUUUCUGUGAAAUAUGUCCCAGUCGUACACUUAAAGUAGCCAUUUUUAACACUUCUUUUUUAUUUUUAACAUUACAUUUGCUGUUUAACCUAUUUGGAAAAUGAGGACACAACUUUUAAAUGCCAGAGAGAAUUUUAAGAACAUAAUUUACUGUUCCAGUGUGAAAUGUGUGUAAUAUUUCAAAAGACAGUAAAGUUUUUUAUGGUUCGUCUUACAUUUUAAGAACACAGUAAAGUUCAAUAAGUACCAUUAUUCCAGUGUGAUCAGUUGCACCCCUUUUUAAGGGUGAACAACCUAGAAAUAUAGUUUUUAAAAGGUAUUACAACAGUAGACAGUCUUUGUUUCUAAAAAAGAAGAUGUUUCCUAACAAAUAGCUCCAUGAAGUUACUUUAGGAAUAUGUCUGUUCUCAUGCUCCGAAGAAUAAAGAAGUCAGAUAUAGAGAAGAUGAACAACCUUAGUGACUAAAGCCCAGGUUCAUCCCAUUUUUGAGUUUAUUUAAAUGCAGCAUGUCCUUUAAGUCUCAUUGUGUCUCAAGUGUUGUUUACUUGAACCAGGGCUGUAAGUGGUGUUACACUGAUAGAGAUAACCAGAUUUUAACAUAGGCAUUUGAUUACAUCAGCCUCAUGCACUGAAUUCAGCUGGUAAUAAUGGAUUUUUAGAAAUAGCUUGUUAAAAAAUUUUAUCAAUUUCUUUCAUAUAAUUUCUGUGAAACUGUGAAAUUACCCCCAAUUCUAUAAAGAUCUGUUGAAUUUUAAUUGUAGCUGGAUAACUUGCUGUUAUGGCUCACGAAUGUGGGAAAAAAAAAGUGACUAAACAGUCUAUUUUCUGAAAGAAAUAUGCUGAAAUUCAGUAAAUAAGUUAUCACGCUGACAUAUUCAACCAUUCAACUCUUCAAGCUAAUGAGUUUUAGGUUUUGAAAAUAGUUUAUAUGUGACAGGUAUAAACAAAUGCACUCUUAAGAGCAGCAGUUACUAUCAAAAUUUGAAUAUAUAAAUAAAUUCUUAAGUAUUAAAUUUGCUCUGAUAGCAAAUAUGAAAAUGUGAUGAUUGUCAUGAUUGUUUAAAAUGUCUUCUUUUAAAAUGUGUCAUUUGAUUUUAUUACUUUUUUCUUCCAGCUAAGAUUUAAAUACCUGAUUGGUAUAUAUAUUCAUGUGUACAAAGUUAGUUUAAUGACAUAAAUGUUUGGAUGUGUUUUGGUAUCAAGAGAAAGCCAAUCAUCAGCUUGGUUUUUCAGGUCAAAAUGUUACAAAUCACACCUUCUACUGGAGGAAAAAAAAUAUAUUAAUUGGAAAAACAUCAGCUUAUGUGAUGUGUAAGGCCUUGAUGAAGCAAUGUUGUUGAUGAAGUACUUAAGAUUAAACUUGCAGACAACAACAUUGCUGAAGUAAAGGAAUAAGGGGUAAAAAGUGAUAAACAUUUAGCAAAAGACAAGACGAUUUGUCAGAUUGUUUGGGGUUUUUUUACCCCAGGCUGGAAUAGAAACACAGAAGGCUGUAAGAGUAAUGUAGUUGCAUUUCUAAAACAGGAAGUUCCAUGGAAAGGUUAUAGAAACACUUGUGCUCUCCCUAUGGCUUCAAAAGUUGUUUUCCGAACCAGAUGUUUAUUUAUACUAUUUAUUGCUGUCUUUAAAAGCUAGUUUGCAAUAUACUGUGAACCUCCUAGAGUCACCAGCAUUCCAGUACGAAACAAGAUGAGCUUACCUUGCAAAUUCAUGCAAUAUAAUGAAACCCAGUCUUCUAAAAAAAAAACCCCUGCUGACAGGGAUGUAUUGUGAGUAGUAUUUCUGUCAUUUUGAAGGCAAGUGGCUAUUGCCUAUGGUCUGUCCUAUAGGACAUCAUAUCUUUUGUUUUCGGGAGGGCUGUGGAAUUCUCAGUCACUGAAUAUGCCACUGCUUUGGCUGGAUAAUCUGAUUCCCUUGAUGCUGGAAUUUGGAAGUUCUUUGUAUUGAUCUCAGCGGAAGUACCUUGACCCCUUGGUGAACGUGCACAGCCCCUUAUUUCAUUCCUCAUUUCAGAUAAUGGGAGCUGUGCUGAGUGUUACAAGGCCUUAUGGUAAAUCAGACUGGUUUCUUGGCAUCAAGAUUCAGCCAAUAAUUUUUUGUAUUAAUAACAACUAAGCACAAUAAUAAGAUAUAUGACUUGUUACUACAAAUAUUAAUUGGUGUAUACACAGGAAAGUUUUGAAAUACAUGCUAAAUUUUAAGCCUGUAAGUAAUGUCAUUACCUCUGUGAGCACUGGAUCCAGUCAGCAUGGCUAAUCUUGUGCUGAAUUUUAAGAAAUGUGAAAGUCUUUUGCAGGAACUGGCAAGAGAGUUUUCUCUUCACAAAAACUCCACAAAAGGCUUGUAUACUUUGCAUUCAGGAUGCAUUGCUAAAAUUGUUUCAAAGACUGAUAAAACAGGAGAGAAAUCUAAUCCAGACAGAAAUGACCAAGAAUCAUGACCAAAUCCUAAGCAAGAGACAUGACCCUAACGCUUCACUGACAGUCUUGAAGAGUGUGGGCUGGAUCCUAUGUGAGCCAGACAUUUUAUGAAGAGUUUAAGGUGAUCUACAAGUAUCAAGUCUUAAGCUGUUCUGGAUAUAAAGAGCUUUGCUGACAGAAGAUGAAGUGUCUUCAGGCAUGUCCAGCCUAGGUGGUAAAUGAUGGGAAGCAAUGGAUGUAAAACAUCUGAACUCCAUGUAUGCAUAAAGGCAAUCUACCUAGACCUAUACACCUAACUCACAGAAGAUUGAUUCUAGUCUAUACAUAACAUUAAGCAUUGUGAUGUCUCUGCUCUGUCAGUGAGCUACCCUACACGAACAGUUAGCAUAAAUAGACUCAAAUAGUAAAUCACUGUGAAGGAAAAUGAACAAAAACAAUUAAUUAUGGAAGGGUAAAUUACGUGGAAUUAGUUAAAAUAAAGAACAAGGUAUUAUUUAUGCCUUGGUACCACCGGCAAAAGAAGAUAGUUGUACAAGACAAUAGAAAUGAAAGAUGAGAAAUCACACCAAUUUUUACUAUUUUCUCAACAAUUUUAUUUCAGGCAUUCAGUUUAUUUUAUUUGCCAGCCCACAAUAACCUUGCAUAUGCACUUGUCACAGGUUAACUUGGCAGUCACUGAAGACAGAGAGUAAUCAUUAUUCUUUCUUUUACAAUGGCUUCUUUUGGAUGUUUUUAGGCUCUCUGUCGUGCACUGAGAUAUCAACAUUACUGCCUUUCUCAGUGUGGAAAAUAAGAUCCAAAACAGAUAAAAUACUAACUGCAGAUGCAUUGCUACCCCACUGAAUGUGAACAUCCAUCAGACAAAACUGGCAGCAGAUCCUUCUAAAGCAGAGUUUUCCUUUCAUUUCACAGACACUCAAGGACCACAGCAGCUCUUGCUCAGUAUGAGAUCUCCAUUCCUUAGUGAAUCCUGGUUGCCAGUUUCUUUGAAUACCUCUUGCCAUCCAAGAUGGCUGUACUCACAAUGAACAAGCAGCCUGCGCGAGGCCCACAGAAUGUGCGAGACACAGACGGCAACAUAUUUGUCUUUUAAGAAACAGCUCAAAUAAAAUGAAAGUUGGACUGAGAGAGCAUGAACGUGGGGAUUUGUAGAGUUCAUGCAGGCUGAGCAAGAUAUGGGAAAUUGGCACCACUGAGCACAGUAAACAGCUACCUACUGUUUCUAGCUACUCAUGUUUGUCUCUCAAACUGGACUUUAAAAAAAAACAAACCCCACAAAAUUUUCUCCCAUCUCUAAUCAAGCAAGCUUCAGUUAAAUAACCAAUAACUGUUGCUGAUUAUUCAAGCAUGGAUCUCCUGUUGGCCUUGUAUUAUCUCUUAUUAGAUAAAAAGUAAUAUUUGGGGGAAAGAGUGAAGUCUGACAGUAAGCUAAUCAUAUUUCUUAUCUGCUUUCAACAAUCCUUAUUCUUCUUUUCUUUUCUUUUCUUUUCUUUUCUUUUCUUUUCUUUUCUGAUUUUGAAGUAAAUCUUCAUGUCCUCACGCAACAAUACUUUCUGGGCUUGAUUCAAGAAAGACCUUAAGCACAUGCAUAUGACCAUGAGAUUCAAGCACGUGUUUAAAUUUAAGAGCAUCUUAAUUGCUUUAAUGCAUUGGGGCUUCAACCAGUAUGUUUUUAUUGCCUUUGGGAAUUGCGCCAGGCAGCACAACCUAUAGCCAACAGAGACCAAUUUGUAUGGCCUCUUUUGCAUCAUGUGUGUCCAUCCUGUGAGCGGACUGGCUACUGAAAACUGGACUAAUUCUGGCUUAGUGUCUAUCCAACACACCUUGACCCUUCUCUUCUGCUUCAGCACGCUACGUGCGCCACCAUUGUGUCAUGCUAUCCACUCAGCGCGGCACUCCUCCUUACAGCAUCCCUGUGCGGUGCAGGGUGAACGAACGUGCGUGUGGCAGAAGGAGCUGAGGCUUGUUGAGAUAGCACUUUAAGGACUGUCCUAGGAAGGAAGCGUAAAACCUGGUCAUGUGUGCAUCCUUUUAAUCUGGACUGACUGUGCCCUAGAGAGGGUCAGUCUCAGCCAUACCUGAUUUUCCUCUUGGAGGAAAAUUAUUUGGUUCAGUCUACAUGAGACUGUGAGUGCGAAGCGGGCACAAGAGGUAUGUCUGCGCAGGCUCCUGACCUAUUUAAACUUAAUGGUGAAAGUUAAUUAAGUGGAAUAGCUGGGGUAAAAAACAACCUUCUUAUUCAUGGAUGUUUCCCUUCUAAUAUUUGAAUAACUAGUUCUAGUGCUAUUGCCAAUUCUACCUUCAGAGAACCAGUGUAAAAUUCGUAUUGGUUAGGUAUGUUCAUAAAAGGUACAGAAAUGCCAAUAAAUUGAUUAAAUAAACCAUGCAGUAGUAAUUUUAAUUCACGGCACAAAUGCCACAGAGUGAUACAGAUGAUAAAACCAUAAACUCAUGAGAAAUAAUUAGGCCUAGGGACAUCACCCUGAAGUUUUCAUAUUGGAAAAAGUCACUUCAUUACUCUGUUGGAAAGGUAAUUAAUUGGGAAUCUUUUAUGUCACCAUAUUCUCUACGCAAUUAACUGAAACCAACAGCUUCUGUGCAGUGAAUAGUUCAGAGAUUUGCUCAAGUGGCAGAGAGCCUUUCACCUCCGGGUUAAUAGCCUGAAUUAUGAGUAGGUUGGUACAGACCGCUGUCUGGCAACUUCUAGUAGAUGACUCGGUGAUCUCAGUCAGGUUUCUCACUCCUGCUUUCAGCCAAGGAGGCAAAGAACUGAACCGAGACUCAUCUGACAUCUUCUGUGCAUUUUUUGGCAUGCUCACGGGGUGGCUUAGGAUAGUCUCACUCCUGCAGCCUGUACCAUGCCUGUUUAUGAUUACGCAGAAGACUUGGCUGUUCCAAGAAGUAAGAGCAUUAGCAUUUUUUUGACAUAUUGUGCCAGUCUGUGCAAAUGAAGUAUUCAUACAUGAGGGAACUCUUCAUUAACAUUCCUAAGUAAAUAAUUAGUAGGAAAAUCAUUUAAUCAUUGCAAAUUGGCAGCAAAAGCAAUUGUUUGUUAUUCUUUGUAUGAAUUAGUCCAGUGGAAGACAGGCUUUGAUGAAACCUUAUCCCCCUGACCUGAUACAGCCUGUUUGGUUCCAGAUACAGGGACAUGUAUGACAGCAAAAUUUGAAAGGUAUACGGUAAACCAACAUAUAUAUAUAUAGAGAGAGAGAGAGAGAGAGUUGGGAUAAAUUUCCCAUAGAGACUUGAAGCUGUAACUAAACACUUUAGCAGUCGCCAGAUGAAAAAUGGUCCCAUCAAUCCUUUUCUUUAUAACAUGAUAGGAAAAGCCAGUCUGAUAAAUGCUGUUUGGCAAAUAAAUUAACCAUAAAAUCUGCAUUUUCCUUUGCUGUUUUGUUUUGUAACAAACAUGUUCUAAGAGAUGAGAUUAAAAAGUUGGGAAAGUUAACUCCCUUGGUGCGAUUUAAUGUUUUAAAGAUUCAGUGGAUAUACUGAAGAGAAGAAAGUGAGAAGCUUUUCCAUCUAUACAAAAUCCUAUUGUGCCAAACUGUUUCCAGUGGAUGAACAGAACAGUUAAAUACACUGACUUUUUAUUAGGAUUUGCAAAAUCUUCUAUUAACGCACUGUAAUUUUGCACUAUUUUGUAAGAAAAGAAAAAAGGAAAAAGAAAAAAGGAACUGAAAAAGAAACAGAAAAAAAUCUAAAAAUAGAUGCCAAAUGUAUAGUUUGUAAAAUACUAUUUUUCUUAUAUAAGGUGUCAUCACAUUGUGAAUCUAACUGUGUUAUUGUAAACUGUGAAAAAUGUGAUUGAUGUACUGUCGUGACACAGCCUACCAAGGAUCAUUUCAAAUACACAGAUUAGUCACCUGGACUUGUUUAUAUGAAACAUAUUCAUAAAUCUGAGAUCACUUUUAUACUUAUUUUUUGUAGACUAUUUUUCCACAUUUACAACACAACUGUUAUUUUAUAUCAAACAUUAAUUUUGCUUUAAAAUAUUAUUUGAAUAGGUGGGUGGGUGUCUUAAAUGUGCCAGAGAUUCAAAACUGUAACAAAAAUCAUUCAGAAACUAUUCUUUGCCAAACUGUAAUGCUACUGAAAUCGAAGAUGUUUUGUUGAACAAGCAGACACACUAUCAAUAAAUGAUAGUUCCUGUUCCAUGAUGAUGAUGAUAAUGUUACAUUCGCUACCAGGAUAAAUGCCUGGUAGUUACAAGCUGCGUUUCCCUUCUAUCUUUCUGUAUGUUGGGGAAAUGAAACUGUGUGCCAUAGCUGAAUGUCAUAGAUAUUCAGCCACUCACAUAAUGUGCCAUGGACUUGACCUCUGAAAUACGUUGAUGAGAAAUAGGAGAAAAACCCUUAAGUUGCUUGUCUUGAUUCAAACCCACUUUCUGCGGUGGGUCACGUGAAAAUGGGAUGGUUGACGCGCGUAGAACUGGUACGGUCUCAGUAAAGGUAGUAAGUUCUGUAUGUAGAAACAUGGGACCACAUUUACUCUCUUGGUGCAAGAUCAGGACCAAAGUCCAUUUCUUGAGUAUUUGAGCUUACACACCUAGCGUUGAGUGAGAUCAGACAGGAAGCCUUGCUUCAUGUUCUCAGCUAAUGAUAUUCCUUGUACUGACAACUUAAUCUUUUAUGUGUUUUAUAUAGUGUAUUCAUAUAAGGCAUAAAUUCAUGUGUAGAAAUAGUAACCAUGGAAAAUUAGAUUUUAAUAAAAAUAAUGAAAACCAUUCUUACCUGCAGGCACAUUUUAAGAUGCCAUGUUAAAAAGAGAUCUUGUAAAAAGUUGUGGUUUUAAUUUAUUAAUGAUUGUAUAUUUUGCCCCAUAAUAUAGACAUUUUAUAACAGGGGUUCUACCAAACCAUUUCUUUGUUCCCUUUGAACAAUAUCAUCACCCUGAGAUGCAUCAGAAAAAUGUAGAGUUUCAACCACUGAUGUCUUUCAGCAUUUUUUUAAUUUGAUGUUGUUAAACUUUCUUCUGAUUACCUAUAGCUAUGUUCAGAGUUUUCAACACAAUUUGACUGCAGUCAGAAGACACCUACUGUAUAAAACUACAGGUAACUGUAACCAUUUCAAGGACUUUCAUCAUUUAUGUGAAAUUAAUAUUUCAGAACUCUGAUUCCAAGAUGGUUAACAAGCAGCUCACUGACUCUUAUUUAUUGAGCACUGGAAUUCUCCCCAAAGGAUAAACACUGAAUUAUGUAAAUAAUAGUGCUCUAUACAAGCCUAACGAA